AUGCUCUCCUACAGUUAUGAAGAAAACGAGCAUCUGCUUUACUGGCCGGAAUCCAAUCGAAUGAAGGUUUUUUCUUUCUAAAAGACUGAGUUCAACAGAGUUUUAAAGGCAAUAAAGGAGGAUAACAAGAGAACGAUGAAUUAUACAAUGCCAGGAAUAAAGAUUGACAAAUUAGUUACGCAUUUCGAUCCCAAAAUAAAGGUGAGUUUUUCUAUUUUUUUGAAAGAAGAUACAUAUUGGCAAUCUUCAAUGUAGAGCACGAACAGGAGUUUUCCGGUGUUAGGGACCCCGAAAACAGUUAUUUUCGAAUUGAUCUUCAUGUACCCUUAUCGCAAAAAAAAUGAUUUCAAAUUGUGUUUCGGCAUUUAUUUGAAAGUAUUUUUAUUUUUUUAAUUUUUUUCCCCAAUAACUUUCAGAGUUUCUACACAAAUCAUUUCUCAAAAAGUCGACUCUGAUUUCAACCAAACAGGUUUAGCCCAACUCAUCGUGAGUGAAAUAACUUAUGAACAAUAAUUGUGAAUGAAAUUUUUAGAAAGUUGCAAACUUUGAGUUGGCUGUGGAUGCAACAAGCGACAUUUUGACCAUGUUGGGUCAAGGGAAAGAUAUGUCCGGACGACCUUCCGAAUUAAACCAGUUUGUGUUGCAAGUAAUUCAUAUAAUUUUAUUUAGUGAAAACAUUUAUGUAAUUUUCAGGUAUGGGCAGUUAGAUUCCAACUUCUUCUUGCACUCCGUUUGCACACACAUCUUCUGGCGGAAAUAGUUCAGUUUGAAGAACUUGACGCUCCGGAUUUAUAUUAUCAAUACGCCAAUCCUGGGAAAAUUGGUAAGCACUUCGAAAUCUUUCUUUUUUCAGAAUGUUUUUCUGCAGGAUCGUUGGUUCCUUUCACUUUGCGCCUCAUACACGCUGAAGCUUUGAGAUUCUCUCCGUUUCCUUGGAAAUCGAUCGAACGCAUCAAUCGAUUGGAGCAACAAGUUAAAAACGUAUGUAGUCUUUUUCAACAAAAACAAUGUUUUAUUCGGAAUUUAGGAAAAAUUUUUGGAAUUUGAUCAAUAAACUCUCAAUUUAAAAAGUAAUGAAAACAGCGGGAGAGAUGAAUGUUAGAAAGUCUAUACUAAAAAUGAUUGAUCGGAUUUUCCGUCACAGUGCUCAAAAAAAAAAAAUUCACAGAUUGUUUCUCAAAAAAUCAUUUUGGGUUGUUACUUGCAAAAUAUUUAUCCAAAUCUUCUGGGAGAUUGAAUAGAGAUUUUUUCAGGUCAUCAGUUUUUUCGAAACUUCCAAUCGAUCAAGUGCUCAUAUUUGCGACUGGAAAAAAACGAGAAAAAAAGCGUUCAACUUCUGAAAGCUCGCGUUCUGUACAGUCUACAAGUAUGUUGGACAAUCUCUUUUUUUUUACAUAUGAAUUUGAAAAUUUCAGGAAUAUAUGCAAGCUGUGAACGUUCUCGAUAAAGUUGUUGUUGAAACUGAUGACAUCAAAGAAAAGGUGAACUUUUAUUUUUUAAAACCUGCAAAUUGAUUUCAGGCAAUUAUUUCUCAAGCUUUGAUGAGGAUGGCAAUGCAAGCAGGUGACGAAAAAGCGAUGAAUUACUACGCUGAAAAAAUAGACAACAAUAAUAGUGAAGAUGCGGUUCUACACAAGUUUGUUUUUUUUUUACUCUCAUUUCUUGAACGUUAUUUUGAAGAAAUUUUCUCACAAGAGCUUGAGUCCUACUCAACGCACAUUGGCUUUACAGAGCUCUGGUUAACAUGAUUUGAAUGAGAAAUACAUAAAAAACUGAAUGGUAUUUAUACGAGUUCAAUUUUUCGAGUUUUGAAAGAAUUGACCUUUUGCUCAUAAUGUAUGUUUUAAUUGAGAGUUUUUAAAACUUAGAAUGGAGUUUCUGGUUGAAAGCUUGAAAUUUAAUCAACCUAUGAAGAAAUUCCCCGCAAAGCCUUCUGUUAUCAGAUGACGCAAAAAAAUGUUCAGUUAUAAAAUCUCAAAAUGUGCACUAAUCAUGUCCACUGCUAAUUAAGUCCUCUGCUUUUGAAGGCGCAUAUGACGAUUAAGAGUGGGACAGUUUUGAUCUGCAAUUAGUCUAUCUCAAAAAAAGUUAUUACGAAAAUAAUUGGAUUACAAUCUGAAAUAUAUUGAAUAAAAAAAUGAACUUCUGUUUCAGGACAUUACGAAGUCUUUUUUCUGGGUGCCUCGAGUCAUGCUCUCGAACAAAUAUCAAAAAAAUCACUUCGACCGGAAAUCUUUCACCAAGAGUAAGUCGAAAUUUUUUUCAUAAUAAUAUUUUCCAUGAUUCACAGGUUGUGAACACUGCAGCAAUCGCUUUACUGUAUGCUGGAAAAGCGAAAGAAGCCGUGGAGAUGUUCGGAAAAAGCAAGAAGGUGCUUUUUUGUGUACAAAUAAUUACAAACAUAUUUUCUGACUAGGAUACAUUUUCCAGCCGCCUCUUGAAUUUUUGAUGAAACUCUACUCAAGCGUACUUUAGGACCUCCUGUCCCGUGAUGGGCCGCCUGAAGAUCGUCACAACUCUUUCUCUGACUUACACUAUAUCGUCGCUUUCUUGCAGCUAGAUGACGUCGAAAUAGUGUGUGUCAGAGAAAAAGUUGUGGCGAUCUUUAGACGCUCCACAUCGGAAUGGUUUCUGAGCAAGAAAAAAAAAUUUCUCGCAGUAGGUUUGGUUUUUAAGAUGCUGUUGAGAUGCUUCAAAAGGUUGAAGUAGCGCUUUUUGUCAUAAUUGGGGUAUUUUUCAUAUUUUCAAAAUUCAAAAAUACAAAAAAAGGUUCUAAAGUAAAGUUUAGAAAAGUUUCAUCAAAAAAAUUCAAUUGCGGGCUUGAAAAAAAUUUGUUAGUGGACGCUCUUUGUUCAUUAGAGAUUCAAACUAUUCAGACUUCUUUAUUUCAAAGCUGACUUUGAUUAUUUUUUUAUAAUAAUUUCUUUGAUAGUUUACUUUACAACGACCAAAAAAAGUGUUAUUUUUAUUUCUACCUGAUUUAAAAAUAUCUCUGAAAGAAAGCUUAUGGAAAAAAAUUUGAAUACAUUUUAUAACUGUCCUUUUCACGAAAGUUCUUUUAAUUUAGAUUCUCCGUGGACCUAUGCUUUCAAAUCUGAAAACAACAGCCGAAUUGUGCGUCCCAGCAGUGAUAAAAGACGCCAUGAUGGAAAAAGCCGAAGCUGAUCAGAAAUAA